UUGCAGCUUGUCCAGAAUGCUGCGGCACACCUUUUGACUGGAACCAGAAGGAGAGCCCUAAGAUCAUCAGGACAGUUACUCUUGGUGCAGCCUAGAUCCCAGCUAAAGACCAGAGGUCUCUUCUUUGCUGACAUCUUGGAAAAUUAUUUCGGCAGUCCCUCUCUCUUUUCUGUUAUGCGAUUGGGUCGUUUGUUCACCUUAUGUGGAGCAUUCCCUCACAUUCGGUUUGCCAGAAGGAUCUGGAUGCUGAUUAUGGGCUUUGUGAUGUCACUUCCUGCCCUUUUCAACAUCGGCCUGCUCUUCUUCCUAAUUGUGUACACAUUCUCCAUCAUUGGGAUGUUUAACUUUGCCUACGUGAAGCAUGAGAUGAUGAUCGAUGACAUGUUUAACUUCAAGACAUUUGGAAACAGCAUCAUCAGCAUGACUAUGAUCACCACGUCCUCGGGGUGGUACGGCCUGUUGAGUCCCAUCAUGAACACGCCUCCAGACUGCGACCUGCGAUUACCUGAGCCUGGUAACUGCGCCAACCCGACGGUGGGGAUUGUUUUCUUCAGCUCCUACAUCCUCCUCUUCUGCCUGCUGGUGAUCCACCUGUUCAUUGUUGUCAUCCUGGAGCUCUUCAACACAGCGAGCCCUGAGGACGCUGAGAUGCUGAGUGAUGAUCACCUCCAGAUGUUUUAUGAAACCUGGAGGAGAUUUGACCCCAGUGGCUCGCAGGUCAUACAGUACAGUGAGCUGGCAGACUUCUGUGAUGGUCUCCAGGAUCCUUUGAGGAUUCCCAAACCAAACACCAUAAAACUGACUCACUUGAAUCUGCCUCUGUUUCCUGGAGACCAGAUCAGCUGUUUGGAUGUUCUGCGCACAAUUACUACACAGGUAAGGUCACCUGGGACGGGCUGCCAACAUUUUGAUAUGUUUCUUAAACUCUGUUUGCUUAAACUAAAACCACUCUAAAGUCUUCUCCUUAAAUGUUUACUGAAGAAUUUUAGGUUUCCUCUUUAUUUUCAUCUUGUUAAUCAACCAAAGACCCAGACAUUC